AUGUUUGCUCAGACUUUCACCACCGCCUUUCUCAUCGCCGCUGCCGUCGCCGCUCCUACUGGCCCCAGCACCACCACCGGCACCAAGACCCCGACGCGCACCGUCCCCUUGACCGGCGUCACUCACACCGUGGCCGCCGGCCGCGGCGCUCUGAGCUUUGAGCCCAACAACAUUGUCGCCGAGAUCGGCGACGUGGUGGAGUGGCACUUUGCGCCGCGCAACCACUCGGUGGCCCAGUCCUCGUUUGGCGAGCCGUGCAAGCCCCUCAAGGACGCGGCCACGGGCCACGAGACGGGCUUCUUUUCCGGCUUCAACUUUGCCGUGCAAGAGGGCCAGAGCGCCAAUGUGUUCCAGGUCGUCGUCGAGGACAAGACGCCCAUCUGGUUCUACUGCUCCCAGACCAACGGCAACCACUGCCAGAACGGCAUGACGGGCGUCGUGAACCAAAACUUCAACUCGCCCAAUACCCUCGCCGCGUAUAAUGCCCUGGCCAAGGUCUCGGGGACUAGUGUUUCUCCGGCUGUUCAGCAGCCUGUUGGAGGUGUCAUCCCCAACCCCAACCCGCUCUCUGGUUUCUAA